GCACGCCAGUUUGCCACCACCCGGUGGCCAUCUCUUGUGACGUCCGCGUCACCAUGCCGGUCCCUUUGACUGAAACCUCCUUGACUUCAGAGAAGAGUGCGGUACCCUUCUACUUGUCGUCCGAGCAAGCCUUGCAGGAGUACCUGGAGUCCACCGGUGUGGACACCAGCAAGUUUGGCAAAGGCAAUGCCAAACCCUUGUCGUGGUUGUACCAGGAGCUUCAAGAAGGAACCUGCUACUUGGAAUCGCCACAUCAGAGUUCCACAAGUCCCACCAGUCCCGUGGAUCGACGUCCCAAGCGUUUGCUGCGCGUGGUGGAGCCCAUUUUCAUUCGCCUUCGCUUUCGCAGCCGCGUGCUGGUACAGGACAAACAACAGUUCCCGGAUGGCCGCUUUCGGGUCCGCAACAUGUUGCUGGCCGAGAAGAAGGAACCUCGAGAUUCUGGAGGUCUCUUAAGCACCAUCCACCGGGCCAUCAAUGAAGAGUUGGGGGUGUCCUUGGAGGACCUUCGUCGUGAGGAUGUCAUGCAAUAUCGUCCAGACACCUACCAUUUUGAAAUCGAGCAUAUCGACUCACCAUCCUAUCCAGGACUUGCUUCUGCCUACCGAACACACCAUGUCCAAGUUGAUAUCCUCGAGACAGGCUUGGACGUCUUCAUGCACUGUGGUUUGCCGGAGUUCUCAGACUUUGUGACCACAGAGAAGACCGCGCACGGUGUGAUCACCUUGUUCUGGCGUUGGGACGAUGUGAACGCAGCCCUGAAACGCGGCGUGGUGAAAUUUCCGCCCAAGUCCUUGGCGCCAACGAUGACCCGACCCUCCCUGUGCUCGGUCAAGUCGAGUGGAUCCCUGGACGCUCCGGAAAAAUCCGUGCUGCCAGCCAAUGUGUUGAAAGAUGGCGGCCUUGCUCUUUAUUUGAAGAAGGCGGGCAUCGACCCUGACGCCUACGGCAGAGACAAGGCCAAGAGUUUGGAUUCCUUGCUGAAGGAAGUGGAAUGUGGCGAGACUGUCUUGGAAUGGAACGCCGCCACCAGUCAGAUCCGCCGCAUCGUGGAACCAGUCUUCGUGCAACUCCGCUGGGGCGACCAGGUCCUUGUUGAGCAGGAGCAGGUCAUGUCUGAUGGACGCACUCGUUCAAGGAAUAUGCUUCUGGCGGAGAAGAAGAAACCGGAGGAUACGGUAGUGGAACAAACCGUGUACCGAGGCUUGGCAGAAGAGCUCCUGGAGAACUACCAAGAAGCGAUCCCAGAUGUGUCGAUCCACGUGCGCUUCAUGCAAGAAGCCUACUGCUGUGUGGCCGAGAAUUUGGAAUCCAGCUCAUACCCAGGUUUGCCCUGUGUCUACAUCACGCACUAUUGCGCGGUGCAACUUUUGGACAGCGGCCUACCUUCCUUUGAGGAGAUUGGGAUGUUGGAGCCACAAUUUGAUACCAAAGAAGAGGAUGGCAAGAUCAAUCGCUGGCGCUGGGUGGAUUUGGAUGAAGCGAGGAAGACCAAGGUGAAAGGUUUUCCAAAACUGGACGAGAACCAGAAUGCGGACACCAUUGGCCUCUGGCAGCUCAUCGAAUCAGCCCCUGAUGACAUUGGAGAUUUGCGCGUGCUCUUGGAGAUGGGUGGAGUGAACGUGAGCGCGUGGGGCAUGUACGCCCAGGACUCCUUGAAAUCCUUGUUGCAAGAGAUUCAAUCUGGCGCCAGCACAUUGGAACGCGAUGACAUCUCUGGGAAGGUGCGCCGGGUGAUUUGCUCUUCCUUGGUGCAACUGAAGGUCAGUGGUUCGAAGGAAGCAGAGAAGCUGAAUCCUGGUGGACUAGGCUUCGACUUGGGAGAUGCGCGAAGCAUGGUGAAUUACCGAGCGGAUCGAGGGGUGUGGGAAGUCUUGCACAGCGACACCGCAUCGUAUCCUGGACUUCCUUGCUGCUACCAGACACGACUGGUGCAAUUUGAAUCGCUGAAACGGGAAGCCUUGCCGAAGCUGCCUUCGGACAUCGUGGAGAGGAUUGGGGGCGACGAUAGCAAGGGCAAUGGCCGGAGGAAUUCUCAACGCAGUUCACAAGCCUCCUCCCUCAACGGAUCGCUGACGGUUCCCAUGAGCAUCAUGAGCCCCUGCCAGAGCAGUUUGGCCUCGAUGCCGGGGUCGUUAGAGGAGAGCCCCACAUCGCGGCAGAACGUCGCUGCGGAUCCUAAGGCCGAGCUGGUGGACCUUCCGGUGGAGGCUCAAGGUAUUUAUCGCCAGGUGUUGCAUAUGCACAAGGAUCUGCGCUUCCGGAUGGUGGCAAAGGAAGCCUCCGAGAAAUCGGCGGCUCCAGCCACUCACGCGGUGUCUUGCUCCUGUGAGAUCUUGUUGAUCCGAAACAUCAACCCCCUGACGGCGACCUACCAGUGCCGUUUCUACAUCUUCAUGGAGUGGUUCGACCCGGCAGCCAUUGGCAUGCCGCCUGGGGAUGUCUCAGAAGAGAAUCGAAAGAAGUUGUGGAUCCCGGAAAUUGCCUUGCAAAAUACGCUGAAAACAGGAGUUGAGAUCCACUACCCACCAGAGAUCGUCUUCAGUGAGAAGGGACAUGUGGCAGCAAAGGUCCUGUACCAGGAUUUGGGUUUCAAGGCCAUUAUGCAGAUGGAGAUUGACAUGCGACUGUUUCCCUUCGACACCCAGCGGCUGAACAUUGUGCUAGGUUUGAGGGCCAGACGCGACCGAGAUCGGGCCGUUUUUUGCAGGUUCUGCCACGUUGACAGCACAAUCCGGCUGGACGAAUGGAAACUGCUGGGUGCCUUCCAUCACACGGAUCGGCCCGAUGGCCGUGCACGUGUGCAGUUUGGGGUGAUCAUUGGCCGUGGCUACAUGUAUUAUGUGCUGAACGUGCUGACAACUCUCUGUGCCAUCGCCUCCUCCUCUUUCGCUGGGUAUCUUCUGCAGUUGAAGCCGCCCUUCGACCGACUACGCUUCUGCAUCUCCAUCCUCUUUGCACAGACCACUUUCCGCUUGUCCAUCGACAGCAAACUGCCCAUCGUGGCCUACGCAACAGCCUUCGAUCACUUCGCCAUGGCCUGUCAGUUGCUGCUGCUGUCCAUCAUUCUGGGUGUUGUCAUCGUGGUGAUGCUGUCUGACAGGUGGCUUGGAUUUGGAGGAGAGGCUGCAGCUGAAGUCGUCGAUAAGGUCUUCAUGUUUACCUUGAUGCCUGUGUGGAUUUUCACCCUUUUGGGCUUCAGCAUAUGGGUUGCAAGGGCCCGUCGUGAACACCAGAAAGUCUUGCAAUUUAAUCAUGCUGACCUGGACAAGGAUCAGCAGGAUGGAGAUCUCGGCGAUUUCUCUCCAGACGCCGUGGAACAAAUUGCGCGCCUCAAGGGCCGGCUGCGCUACACCUCGGCGCGGCGCCUGAGUCCCACGGAGGUGAACAUUUCGACCGAUGCUGUGGCUGUGUCGACCAUGGUGUGGUUCAUCCACGACAUUGAUCCCAUCCAAGCGCAGUACGAAUGCAAGUUCACCGCGUACAUCGAGUGGCUGUCGCCCAACGCGGUGGGAUUGCCGGAGCACAUCCGACUCAGCAAAGAGGAACUGAUCAGUUUGAACAUGCCCGAGAUUGACGUUCGCAACAAGGUGGAGUUGAAGGUGGAAGAAGGUCCUGAUGCCUACGUCACCGACAGCACUGUGGGAAGGAUCAUGGUCUCUACCAGAUACCUGGCCAAGCUGCAAUUGCGCUUGAAGUUGAGGAACUUCCCGUUUGAUGAGCAGAGCCUUCCAAUCGACUUCGUGAUGCCAUCUGAGAAGGACAAUCGACGGGCCUUCGUGUUUCGCAACUGCGAGCUGGCGCCUUUGGCGAAAAACCUGGACGAAUGGACCGUGAAGGACACGUGGACCAGAUGUGACUUUCACGAGGGCAUGAGUCAGGCGACCAUGUUCGUUCAGGUGCGACGGAACUCCAAGUACUAUGUGGUCUCCGUGUUGGGCGUGCUGUUGGGCAUUUCCUCGUUGGUCUUCACCGUCUGGUGCAUCGAGGUGGACGAAAACGGUCGUAAGAUCCUCACGCCUUUGCUGAUGACUUUGUUGGCCUUUAAGCUGUUGACCGCCUCAGGAAAGAUUCCGAAGGUGGCCAAGGCCACGAUCUUCGAUCGUUAUGCCUCCUGGUGCGGAAAAAAACACGUGAAGUCACCAAACAAUGGGGUCCUGGCGACGGAGGCCUGUUUCUUCGUGACGGUCUUCAGCUGCUCCCUGCUGCGGGCCUUGAUCACCUCGGGUCCCGAGAUGGCCAAGAUGGGCGGCCUGCUGCGCUUCAGCUUCGGCCUGGUGCUGUGGCAGAUUAGAUGGGGGAAGUUGGGAGAUGAGCUGUGA